CAAUGUUUCAACAAAUGUAAUUUUGAAAACUCUGAAUCUUAUGAGCAAGCUAAAACAGAUGGUAACCAAUAUGGAAGCUGCUUUCUAUAAGAUACUGCAGGACCAGCGAUUGAUUACACCGCUCUCUUUUGCCUUAACUUCUGACAACAGAGAGACAGUUCAAGUUGGCCUUCAGCUACUUUUUGAAGCUGCUCCAUUACCAGACUUCCCCGCAGUUGUACUUGGGGAAAGCAUUGCAGCUAACAAUGCCUACAUACUGCAAGAAAUCGAUCAUCCAACAAAAAAAUUUGGAGUGCAAGCCAUUGCAAACAACUGUAGAUCCUCACAGAUGUCAAAUUUGAAC